AUGAAACGGCCGUGGAAUCCUCUCGUUCCAUCCGCAUCCCAACUCCCUCGUGGGACGCCCUCCACCGGCGCGAGGCCGCCGCGCCCACCCUGCAAAUCCCUCACCGAUGAGAAGCUCGCGCGCCGGCCUAGCUCCUCCUGCCCAGACGGGAGGCCGCGCGGCGCCCCUGCUCCUCCUGCAUCGGGCGAGGGGCGCGACCGAUUGGAGAGCAGCGACGGGGGAGCAAUCCCAUCCCUGGCCCUCGCCGCCGUUCACCGCCCGCGAGCGCGUGAUGGGGACGAGUCGCGCGGGGGACGGCCAGAUUGGAUGGCGGCGCCGCCGCUUGGGACGACCCCCGCUCGAUUUCCCACGCUGGUGAGAUCGGCGGCCUCCCCGGCGGCCCGUGCUCCCCAGCGCGCCCGUGCUGCAACAACGGUCAAGGUCGACGGUGGUCAGCGACCACAGCGGUCGAGGUCGACGGUGGCCCGUCCUCCGCCGCCGCGUGUGGCUGUCCGUCCUCCACCACCGCGCGUCGUCCGCCGGUCGGAGGGCAAGGAUUCCUCAUGUGGGCGUGGAGGUGCGGCCUGA